GUGGCUAAUAAAUCAAUUUUACUCAGCAAUUUUUACAACCUCUGCUGUUUUCUUAUUCAAACCUUGCGAGAUGGAAUACUGGGAAAAAGUUGCUGUGAUAACUUUGGUUAGCUGUUUGGCAUCCCUGCUAGGAGGGGUAGGACUGUUAAUAACACAGUAUAAAAUGGAUAAUUUACAUUACAUGCUCAGAAACCUUUUAUGUUUUCUCACAAUUGCUGAUAUCAUAACAGACUUGGGAUACAUCUGUGGGACUUUCAAUUACAUGAUUUCAAAUAUAAGAUCAGAUAACAUAAGUGAACACACUUGGAACACCACCCUUUGUACCGCUCAGAGUUUUGUGACGACGUUUUCCAACAUGUCUUCGUUUGCUUGGACCUCUAUCAUUACGGUGCAUCUAUUUUUACUGGUCAGAACAACAAAAGACUGGGAAAGAAAUACCUGCUUAAAGGUUUUGUAUCACAUCAUAGGCUGGUUUAUCCCAGGUCUGGUAACUGUGAUCUUGUUGGUGAAUGAUCGUCUAGGAGAAAGCUAUAAUAUAACUACAGGAUCCUGGUGCUGGAUUAAACUGAAUAGAACUGAUAUUCAGGCGACAGAUCGAGGGAUCAUGCUACUCGCCGGAAAGUUAUGGGAGAUUCUGACUUACAUAUUGUCAUUAGCAGUAUUCAUGCAUUUGAAAAUUACUGCUUACAUUGAACGAGAAACCAAUCAGACGUAUCGUUGGAGUAGAAUGGUGGUGAAUCCAGCUUCACUUAGACGGGGGGACGAACGAUUCUGUUACAUUUGGCUGCCAUUGUACUUGCUGAGGUUCUGGGGAACAAUACGGUUCUUUUUUGUAAUAUCCAAUCAAAGUAGUCGUCUGCUCAGUCAUGAUUAUGAUUUCCUGUUAUACCUACAGUGUGUUGGUGAUAGCUCGCAUGCUUUGGGAAAUUUUAUUCUAUUUUGUCUUCUGGAUAAAGAAAUUCGGGGAAAGUACAUGUCGGUGUGUUUUCGUAGGUUUGAACAACAAGAGGAACAUGAAGAAAAUCCAACUCUCUCUGUGCCUCAUCAAUCCAUUGCUUCAACUUAAUACAUAAUUGUCUUUAAUUGUUAUUUUAUUACGAUAUUUUUAAUGCUAACAUCUCCUUGGAAAUUACAUAAUUCUACCUCUGAUGUUUUUAGAGGUCUGUUUUCUC